AUGGCAAAUAUAGACGGUUUGGCGUGCGUUAUUUGUGAGCGAAGCCACCCAGGUUUGUGGACGGUCACUACGGUACAGGUGUACAUUGAUCAUGAACGUACACGUGCAGUGGUAUCAUCAAUCACCAAAACGGCAGCGAAGACAGCAACAGCAACAGCAACAGAUCCACCAAAAGCAAAUCUGUUCAAAACGGCACCGUUGGCAGGACCAGGAGCUUCAGCUGGAGAGCCGAUGGUAGAAGUGGGGACAGUACCAGUCGAGGGAGCAGGAGAACCGGUCUCUGGAAGAGGAGAAGGAGGAGAAGAGACGGUGGUGGGGGAUGGUGCAUUUGCUGCAGGUGGUGGGGUUUUCAACGGAGAAGGUGCAGAUUUCGGUGUUUUCACGGUGGUUGGUGCCGGAGCAGAGGCUUGUGGUGGUGGGGUAGCGACUGGUGGUGGUGAUUUGGUGGGUGACGAUUUAGGCGAGGAUGUUGGAGAUUGUGCCAUUGUGAAGCCCACGACAUAUGUGAUUAGCAUCAAGAAGACAAUGCUUUUGCUUGCAGCCAUUUUUGUCGAAGAAAAGACAGAAAUGACAGAAAAUAAGCUCUGA